UGUCAGGAAAUACCCUUCCUCUCCGCCCCGAGGGCGGAGCCUGGCCCCGACGUGGUUGGGGAUGAACGCUUUGGUGAGACGUGGAGUGGCCCGUGCUGGCAUUCCCUGUAUUUGGAGAGGGAAAUGCUUCAGCUCCGGGAAUGAGCCAGCAGAAAGCCACCAGGUGACGCCGAUGCUGCGGCAUCUUAUGUAUAAAAUAAAGUCUACAGGUCCCAUCACUGUGGCAGAAUACAUGAAGGAGGUUUUGACCAAUCCAGCCAAGGGAUAUUAUGUGCAUCAUGAUAUGCUAGGAGAAAAAGGAGAUUUCAUAACCUCACCAGAAAUAAGUCAGAUCUUUGGGGAGCUACUAGGGGUGUGGUUUGUAAGUGAAUGGAUCAGCUCUGGAAAAAGCACUACUUUCCAGCUGGUGGAGCUGGGCCCAGGUCGGGGCACCCUCACUGGAGAUAUUUUGAGGGUGUUCAGUCAGCUUGGGUCUGUGCUAAAAAGCUGUGACAUUUCGGUCCACCUAGUAGAGGUGAGCCCAAAGUUAAGUGAGAUUCAAGCGCUGACGCUGACAGAGGAGAAGCUUCCUUUGGAGAGAGAUGCUGACUCCCUGGUGUACAUGAAAGGUGUCAGCAAGUCUGGGAUUCCAGUCUCCUGGUACCGAGAUCUGAAGGACGUCCCUAAAGGAUACAGCUUUUAUCUCGCACAUGAGUUUUUUGAUGUUCUUCCCGUGCAUAAAUUUCAGAAAACCCCACAAGGAUGGAGAGAAGUGCUUGUUGAUAUCGAUCCACAGGUUUCUGAUAAGCUGAGGUUCGUCCUGGCGCCUUGUGCAACCCCAGCAGAAGCCUUCAUACAACACAAUGAAAGAAGGGACCAUGUAGAAGUCUGUCCCGACGCGGGCAUUAUCAUACAGGAAGUGGCUCAGCGCAUUGCACUCACUGGAGGCGCUGCCCUGAUUGCCGACUAUGGUCACGAUGGAACGAAGACAGACACCUUCAGAGGCUUCUGUGGACACCGGCUUCACGAUGUCUUAAUUGCUCCAGGAACAGCCGACCUCACAGCUGAUGUGGACUUCAGUUAUCUGCGCAGAAUGGCCCAGGGAAAAGUAGCCUCUCUGGGGCCAGUAGAGCAACGGACAUUUUUAAAAAACAUGGGCAUCGAUGUCCGGCUGAAGGUUCUUUUAGAUAAUGCAGAUGAGGCAUCCGUGAAGCAGCAGUUACUUCGGGGGUAUGAUAUGUUAAUGAACCCUCAGAAGAUGGGAGAAAGAUUCAACUUCUUUGCCUUGCUACCUCAUCAGAGACUUCAUGGUGCAAGUCAAGAAAGGAAUGCCCGUCAGUCAAAAACCCCCACAUCAUCUGUAGCUGGGUUUGAUGAACUUGUUUGGCAGUGAUAGUUCAACUUGGACUUUUUAUACCUCAGUGUGCUUUAAAAAUCAAAAUAAAAGAAACUCAUUUUGUAUAUUGAAGGUAAUGUAAUGUUCAAACUAUUUAUCUCUUUGCAGUCAAUAAAAUAGCCUCUUUUACAUAAAUACAAUCAAAAUGGUUGAAUGUUCAAGGUUAUAACUAACUCUUGGUACAAUUGUUUGCAACCUAGUGAAGUAGUUUAUUGUGAUAUCAAAUUUCCUUUAAUGAAGCAAGUUGCUGUAUUUCUAUUUACUUUUUAAAAAUAUACAUGAGCACAGGUUGGUGUGUCGGAAACAGGAAGUAAGGUAAAUGGUUAUCUCCAGAGGUCUGAGUCAAAAGCUCCGGAUAUUGUUUUUUACAGAAGGAAAAGCCAUAUAUUCUGAUAGAAGGAUCUCUAAGGUUUAGUAAAUAAACAAAGUCAGAUGCAAGAGCUUCUCGUGUUGAUCCUGGUCUUGCUGACGGAGAGAAUUAAAUGAACAUGCUGGUGUGACUUAGUGUCUGUUCUGUGGUGUGCAUGUGCGGAGAGAGGAUGAAGGACAAGAACUGAUGGGGAAGCAGGUGUCAGAAGGCUUAAUC